UGUCUCCCUCUCUCACGCUCAAGUAGUACAUAGAUACUCGUCAACUUAGGUCGAGGGAAAGAGCUCGCUGGCUGGCUGGCUGGCUGGCUGGAGCGCUCUCAGCCACACACGCACGCACACACAUACGUACAUACACACAGUUACAGGCACUUUGACGAGAAGGUCGGAGACAUCAUGGUUGUGUCAGCGCGGAGCUGGCUCGCCAACGAGGGAGGAAAACACUUGGUCCUGAUGAUGUGGUUGGGAGCUAACAGCUGGCUCUUUGUCAAAACCUUCCUGAUGUACUCCAGUGGACAGCAGUAUCACUACCUGUACAAGAUGCUUGGGCUUGGACUUUGCAUCAGCAGGGCCUCUGCAUCCGUGCUGAACCUAAACUGCAGCUUGGUGUUGUUGCCCAUGUGUCGCACACUUCUUACCUUUGUCCGAGGAACACACACGGUAUCAAGCAGAAAGACCCGACGACUACUGGACAAGAGCAAAACCUUCCAUGUGGCCUGCGGAGUUGCCAUCUGCAUCUUCUCUGUUGUUCACGUCUCUGCUCAUCUCGUGAACGUUGUCAACUUCAGUCGCAGCUACUCAGAAGACUUUCCAGCUCUUAAUUUUGCUCGCUACAAAGGAGAGGAUCCAACGCUAAUCAUUCUGACCACAGUUCCGGGAAUCACUGGUGUUCUGUUGGUCGUCAUCCUUUUCUUGAUGUUCACGUCCUCCUCCUACUGCGUACGAAUAUACAACUAUGAGAUUUUCUGGUAUACACACAACCUCUUCAUCAUAUUCUAUAUCAUUCUCAUGGUGCACAUGGUCGGAGGAGCACUAAAAUACCAGACUAACAUCGAGGCCCAUCCCCCCGGGUGCUUACGAGCCAACCACAGCAGCCCCGAGCAACUGGAUAAACGUGAGGAAGAGGAAAUGCGAUGCAAGGCAGAGGCUCACUUCCAGUCACACUGCCCACAGACAUGGCUGUGGGUGUCAGGUCCUCUGUGUCUCUACUGUGCGGAGCGCCUGUACCGCUAUAUUCGAAGUAGUGAUCCGGUUACCAUAGUGACAGUCAUCAGGCAUCCCUGUGAUGUCAUUGAGUUACGAAUGCUUAAGAAGAACUUUAAAGCUCGUCCAGGGCAGUAUAUCGUUCUCAACUGUCCCAACGUCUCGUCAUUUGAGAACCAUCCCUUCACGCUAACGGUGUGUCCCACAGAGAACAAGGAAACGUUUGCUGUCCAUCUCCGGGUCGUGGGAGACUGGACUGAACGCUUCACACAGCUGUUACUUCCUGACAUUAGGAGCAUUAGGAGGGACAUGGACAUCCUCCCUGUGGUGCAUCAAAGAACAUACCCCAAGCUUUAUGUGGAUGGUCCGUUUGGAAGUCCUUCAGAGGAAGUGUUCAACUACGACGUCAGCCUUUGUGUAGCGGGCGGAAUAGGGGUCACGCCGUUCGCCUGCGUCCUGCACGCUCUGCUUGACGGCUGGACGGGGCUCAGGUUGAAGAGGUUAUACUUUGUGUGGGUCUGCAGGGAGCUCCAGUCCUUUUACUGGUUCGCUGAGCUACUGUGUGCCCUACAUCACAAGUUAUGGCACGAAAACAGACCCGACUACUUUAACUUGAAGCUGUACGUCAGUCAGUCCGACAACUUGCAGUGCUUAAGUGAGGAGAAAUACCGUCCACUUGCAUCACGGCUGCUGGUGGGCCGACCCAAGUGGAAGUUACUGUUACAUGACAUUGGACGGACCAAUAAGCAUAAGCGAGUGGGGGUGUUCUGUUGUGGACCCAAAGGCAUCUCCAGGACUCUUCACAGACUGUGUAACUCGGCUCAAUUUCCUGGAACUACUUUUGAAUUUAACAAGGAGUCCUUCAGCUGAUUGGGCUUCAGCAAGGCAAGCAGUAGCUACAGUGGAUUCAGUCACUCAGCAUUGGGAAUUUUAUAGGCUACAUGUAAUAUAGCCACUCUAAAAGAGACUGCCAAAAAGGGGACUUGAACCUUGGCCCUUUACUCUACUUUUUAUCCCUGGUGAGAGGGUCUCAGCCUAAAACGAUU